UUUUGUGAACCAGUGAUGUGACAGAUAUUGUCCACAAGGUGGCAGACAAACAAACCCCCGGAGGCUGCAACUGCGCAUAAGCAUGCGCAUGUGCAGACUGUUGCCGACAACAUGGCGGCCUUCGGGACAGUAGUCCUUGGCACAGCUUGCAAAGGUGCAGCCCUCGUUCCUGGAGGUCGGUGGUUAGUGACCAGAUACCUUUCAGCGACACUUCGCCAGUGUUUGAGGCUGUCAGUGCCGGCUGCAUCGCUUUGCACUCGUGGGACGGAGCCACAGAGAAACCGAAAGGAUAGUGGAGUGGCUGGGGAAGAGGAAAGGGAAAGUGAGGGUCCCGAGUACAUUCCCCUUAAAAAGGCGAAAAAUCCCAUGAUGAAUAUUGGGUAUGCAUGGAUGAUAGGCCUCCCUACUGGUAUUAUUGGCUUUCUGCUGGCCAAAAGGCAAGUGGACAAGAACCGUUUAAAGCAGCUGAAAGUUCGACAGAGGAUACGGAACUCAAACGAGGGCGACUACGAAGGGAGCCGCUAUCGCCAUGCUGCAGAGACUGUUAAAGUUGACCAAUAAUGCCUGUUCUGGGACCUCCUGAUGGAAUAACCUGAAUAACUCCGUUCUGCAAAUUCUUGCAGGGAAGUAACCAUAGGAGUAAUAUAAAGGAAAAUAUGUUUGUUUACACUGUGCAGAAAGUGUGUAUUUUGACCGCGUGAUAAUUUUUAUGCGUAUAUUCCAAGUCCGUGCUGUAUAACAGGGAUAUCAAACUCUGCCAAAUAUGGCCCACAGUGUAAUUAUAUUUAGCCCACCAAGAAAAAUGCUGCAUCGACAUUGUGUCAAUGCUAAAAUCACAAAUUGUCUUCACGAAGAGCUGUAUGUAUUUGAUGAGUUGUA